AUGGCAAACUACGUACUCAAUUUCGAGAAAUACCACAAUGUCAUCAACAAUGAAUUGACUUCAACAUCUGCUACGCGGCACGCCAUUUGCCCCUCGAACGAGGAACCUCUCUGGGAAGUCCCGGUCUCGACCAAAGAGGACCUUGACCGUGCCGUGAAGGUCGCCAAAACUGCCUACUCUACCUGGAGCAAGCUGUCAUUUGAUGAGCGUGCCCAAUAUCUGAACAAGUUUGCAGACGCUAUCGAGGCGAACAAGUCGCAGAUCAUCGAGCUUCUCGGCAAAGAGCUCGGCAAGCCGCCUCAAGCUGCCGGCUUCGAAUUCGACCUGACAAUGGGCCUGGCCCGUGAAACCCCCAAGAUGCGUCUCAAGGAAGAGAAGCCAAUCGACGAUGAAGACAGAACGGCUAUCGUGCGAUAUGUCCCCCUCGGCGUAGUUGCAGGCAUUAUUCCAUGGAACUUUCCACUUGCCAUCGGCGUCGGAAAGGUAUUCCCAGCUCUGCUCGCCGGAAACGCCUUCAUCUGGAAGCCGUCCCCCUUUAGUCCUUAUUCCGCGCUCAAAAUUGCCGAACUUGGCGCUAUAAUUCUUCCGCCUGGAGUCCUUCAAGCGCUCAGCGGAGACGAGAGUCUUGGACCACACUUCACUGCCCACCCAGACAUUGCUAAGAUUGGCUUUACUGGAUCCGUGGAGACAGGAAAGAGGAUCAUGGCGGCAUGUGCAUCCACGUUGAAGCGUGUUACAUUGGAACUGGGCGGCAACGAUGCUGCGAUCAUCUGUGACGAUGUAGAUAUUGAGGCUGUGGUCCCCAAGCGAAUCUAUGUUCACGAGAACAUAUAUGACAAGUUCCUCGCAGCUCUCGUGGAGGCUACCAAGAAGUUUCCCAAGGGCGACCAUACUGAGGCCCAGGCUUUCUUUGGCCCUAUUCAAAACCGCAUGCAGUAUGAGAAGCUGCAGAACUUUUACUCCCACAUUGAAAAGGAUAAUUGGAAGACAGCACUAGGUGGCGUGCCAGAACCCAAUAAUGGGGAGAAUAAGGGCUUCUACAUCCCUGCCACAAUCAUUGAUAGCCCUCCCGAGGACUCCAAGAUUGUCACCGAGGAGCCUUUUGGACCUACCGCUCCUGUUCUUAAAUGGAAAGAUGAAGAGGACGUGAUUGCUCGUGCUAAUGCCACCAGGUUCGGUCUUGGGGGAUCAGUUUGGAGUAAGGAUGUUUCGCGAGCGAAACGGAUGGCCGAGCAGCUCGAGGCAGGCAGCAUCUGGGUUAAUACCGCCUUUGAACUUGCACCCAAUGUGCCAUUUGGAGGCCACAAGGAAAGUGGUCUUGGGAUGGAAUGGGGUGAACUUGGGCUCAAGGGGUGGUGCAACCCACAGGCCUACUGGAUCAAGCAUUCUGGUUAA